CACUACACGACCUGACGGAUACCACACACCCGGCAAGAAAACUUACCACAUCCGUUCCCUGUAUCCUUUAAUGGAACAACAUCAAAAACUCAUGGCAAACAUCAGCAUCGGGGCCGAACAUCAAAGGGUUGAAUUUCCCACGAAAGCUAACCGCCUCCCCACCGGAUUCCCACCGGUCCUGGCACGACGUGGCGUGCCUGAAUUUAUGUGGGAUCAAGACAUGUACAUCAUCCGGCAUAUGGCGGACAAACUCUCCAAGGACCAAAGUAGGGAGAUAUUUCUUGUGUGUUUUACUUGCGGGCUGUCAAUCUGUUUCUACGGCGCUGCGGUGGAUAAGUUUAAUGGUCGGCUGCGUACAUAUGUUAAUGGGAUGAAUGCACGGUAUGCGCCGUAUGGAGUUGUUUGGGAGAUGAGAUGGAUUCCGUAUAGUGGGACUUAUAUGUCUUAUGAGACUUAGCUGCUAUGUGUAUGUGCAUUGGUAGGGGCUGUAAGGAGGGGGG